AUGGAAAAUACUAAGACGUACACGGCGUCGACGUCGACCGUCACGCCGUUACUCACCAGACCGAAGGGCGUGAAGAAUUUCCCGACGACCAAAGCUUUCGACAGCUUCAGAAGCGGGCCUUCAAAUGGCUUUGCACCAACGAUAGGAGAAGAUGGCCGAACUUAUAACCCCAAAGCAGCCGCUUAUAAUACAGCAAACACCAUUCUCGUACGGAGGCUCAAAGGACGACAUCUUCAGAUGAUAGCCAUCGGUGGCUCCAUAGGUACCGGGCUCUUCAUCGGAUCAGGGUCUGCUCUAGCAACCGGCGGUCCUGCAUCUCUUCUACUUGCAUUUAUUCUGAUCGGUGCUGUACUGUUCUGCACUGUCCAGGCGCUGGGAGAGAUGGCUGUUACCUUCCCUGUGGCGGGGAGUUUCUCGGCGUUUGCCACGCGGUUCAUUGAUCCUGCGUGGGGUUUUGCCUCAGGAUGGAAUUAUGCCAUGCAAUGGGCCAUCACGAUGCCUCUAGAAGUUAUGGCUGCAGUAAUCACCCUGGAGUACUGGAAUCUGAAUUUACCGUCCUGGGUGGCCAUAACGAUUUUCCUGCUUCUCAUUAUCGGCAUCAACUUAUGUGGGGUCAAGGUGUAUGGAGAAGCAGAAUACACUUUCUCGAUAUUGAAAGUUACAGCUGUUAUUGGCUUCAUAAUUCUCGGCGUUGUCAUCAACUGUGGAGGAACUCAAGACAGCGGAUAUAUUGGAGGGAAAUAUUGGGCAAACCCAGGAGCUUUCCAUAACGGCUUCAAAGGAUUCUGCAACAUCCUCGUAACAGCUGCAUUCUCCUUUUCAGGAACAGAACUUGUCGGUCUCGCAGCAGCCGAGACUCACAACCCCAGCAAAGCAUUGCCUACAGCCAUCAAGCAAGUUUUCUGGCGGAUUGCUCUCUUUUACAUCGUUUCAAUAACUAUAGUUGGCUUGCUAGUCCCCUAUACCGACGACCGCCUCAUCGGGCGCAACAACGUCGACUCCAAAGCCUCUCCCUUCAUCAUCGCCAUCCAAUCUGCCGGCAUCCAAGGUCUCGACAGUGUCAUGAACGCCGUCGUAAUGAUCGCCGUCCUCUCUGUCGCCAACUCCUCCAUGUACGGCGCAACACGCACUCUCCAAGCCCUCGCCGAACAAGGCCAAGCACCCCGCAUCAUCGCCUACGUCGACCGCAAAGGCCGUCCUAUGGUCGCGAUCAUCAUCUGCUCUGCCAUUGGCCUACUUUCCUACCUAUACGUCUCGUCGAUACAAGGCGAGGCUUUCACAUGGCUGCUUGCCCUUUCUGGACUCUCAAGUAUUUUCACAUGGUGCAGCAUCUGCUAUGCACACAUCCAGUUCCGCAAGGCAUGGAAAGAGCAAGGAAACCUCCUCUCCGACCUCGUCUACAAAUCUCCCAUCGGAGAGAUCGGCUCCUGGGUGGGUUUCUUUGCCUUACUAGCUAUCCUCGCUGCGCAAUUCUGGGUAGCGAUCUCGCCGUCUGGAGCGAGCAGUGAUCGGAGUGUGGGCGAACAGGCGGUGAAUUUCUUCGAAGCAUAUCUGGCUAUGCCAGUCGUGCUGCUAUUUUAUGGAUAUUAUAAGAUUUGGUACAAGACGAAGUGGGUGCGAGUGAAGGAUAUUGAUUUGCAGACGGGGAGAAACGACUUUGAGACAGUGCAUGUGAGGAGGCAGUGGAAGGAUGAUAAGAGCGAGUGGCCGAGGUGGAAGAUAAUUUACAAGACGCUCUGUUGAGCUGGGCUCUGGAUGCGAGGAUGAUUGGAUGGAUGUAUGAUAUUUGUCGAUUUGUGAUUGCGGACUUAGAAGAUCCCAUGCCAGAGAUACCACUUUGUUUGAUAUCCUAAUGAAGUUAUGCUUUUUGCCUUUGCUA